AUGAAGGUGGAAGAGAACAUUGCGUGGUCCGAAUUACUAAAGGUCACCAUUGCCACAGCUCAACAUGGUAAUGACAGCAACCGAAUUGCCACGGCAACCGAGACCUUGCAGCAAACAGCCCACCAAUUCGUCAAGGUGCUCAAUGAACGUGCGAGACUUUUAGCCAACAGUGCCCAGUUUGAUACAGCGUUACGUGAUGCAACAGCUAUAAGAGCCAUACUACCGGGAUCAGGGCUUGGAUACUUGGCUACAGGAGAUGUGUAUUGUCAACAAGGACGUUAUGCAGCAGCGAUUUCCAUAUACGAUCAAGGGCUUCAAGCAGUGCCUGAAUCCGAUGCCUGUUAUCAUCAGCUACAGCAACAACGAUUAGCAGCAAUAGCCAACAACAACAAACGCGUCGAUUUCAUCAGUCGGUUGCCGUUGGAUAUUGUCAUCACCAACAUUGUACCAAGGAUGGAGCCAGCAUGCUUGCAAUCUGAUGUGUUGUUCGAGCCUCUUUACGUGUCACGUGGAUGGCGGAAACGUAUCUUACAGUGCCCUCACGGCUUGACUUUUGAUUUCGGCCAAGAGAGUGAAACAUUUGCGAGAGGUCAUGACCACCUUGUCCGGUUUGCACCCUAUGUACAGACGUUAUCAGGUUGUUUCUAUAAAGAUGUGCGGUUGGAUGAUCUCUUUUCUCGAGCACGUUUUUCCAAUCUAAAAGACCUAGACAUAAGCGGUGAUGCUACGACCUCUCGUCUUCCACUAGUCAAAGGUCUUCGCCUGGUUGCUGAUACGCUGACGCACUUGUUCGUUAACUGGUACCGCGAAGUUCAGUUACGUGACAUCCUGGAGACAUGCCCAAACCUUGUAUCUCUGGAUGUGGUGGAUGUGGAUAUGGUUGUUCCUCCAUCGCCUUCAUCACGUUAUCCCAAAAUCACACGCCUAGCAAUUCACGACGUAACCUUAAAAUAUUGCAGAGAUGAAAACAUGAUUGAUGUCCUCAGCCGGUUUCCUUCUUUAUUAUCAUUCGAGAUUACGCCAAUGCCCGACUCCAGCCUCUUGAAGAUCUUGCACGAGUAUUGCCCAUAUCUACAAGUCCUUUAUUUCGGUGAGAAGGAUUAUCGACGAGAGAAACCUCGUCCUCGUCCCAACGGAAGGAAAGGAAUCGUAUCGGCUUAUUUGGGAGGAUUGGAUGCCGACGUCAACGACUAUAGACAUGAUGACCUGGUCCAGUUCUUGUAUUUGAAUCGAAACUCGUUGGAGGAUCUUGAGUUUGAAGGCACAAUUGUCGAUGAUGACGCCUUUUGGAAAUUGGAGAAUGGACAAGUGAUACAACAGAGAGAUGAUCAAUAUUCACCUUUACGUCCUGGAGAUGAUGAUCCAACUCAAUCUGACACUUCAUUCAUGCAGCUUGGCAGGAUUGCUUUUUCAGGCGCUGAAGCAUACCUUGGCGGUGCUAUCAUCACAUGGUUGAUAUCGAACGCUCCCAAUAUCAAAACCCUCAGCCUCAUCCAAAACUAUAUUCAGACCAACGUUGCAAACGCCAUGAUUCAGUUGAAGCAUCUUUCCAAGUUACAGCUCCAUCAGAUGGUGACAGUGGACGAUUAUGAAGGCAUGAUUCAGUUCUUGCAGCAUCAUGUUGGUAUGGGGAAUCAAUCAACGCUUGAAGAAUUGACAUUACUCGCUCCAAUAGUGGUGAUGAGAUUUGGAGCGGCAUGGAUACCUUUAAUUGCCAGGCUAGAGUCUCUCAAGAACCUCAAAUUACUCGGAAGCAUUUACUACGACGAGAGCAUACACAUCAUGAAAGAGAUAGCUCAAGGUUGCCCCGCUCUCGAAAAGCUAACUCUUGGUGGGCAUCGUGACACUUUGGAUGAUGGUAUGGUGCGGCUUUGGCGUGAUCAUUCGAAUCUCAAGUACCUCAGGAUUGGAGCUGAAUCUUUAUCCAACAACGAUGCUACUGCCUUGUGUACAUUCCGCAACUUAAAACAACUUCAACUUCAAUGCGAUGUUUCAGACGAUUUGCUUGAUUUGUUAGAAGAACGUAUACCAGAAGUCGAGUUUAUUGAUGGCAAUGAAUGGUAA